AUGAACACCGACCAUGGAGACUACGCGGACGAAGAAGAGUACAAUGAACGGUCGGCAUGCCAGUUUUUCCAUGUGGAGGGGGAAGAGAAUGAAAGUGGAGUCUCAAUCUCGGAGCUGAUCAGCGCGAUGGAAGCGGCGCGAGAGGCCAGCGAUCGCGUGCGACGGCUGUUUUGCCGCUCGCUCUACCCGUGUAUCAAGCGCGAGCUCGGAUCUCUCCGCGAGGAGGGGCCGCCUGGAGAUGCGAAAGUUGGCGGCGAGAACGGUGGUGAAGGCGGCGGGAAACGCGCAAGUACUCAGGAUGAGGAGCUCGGGAGGGUAGAACGGCUCGAAGGCGACGGGGAGAACGGUCUGGAUGGCAAGUUCAAAGGCUCGUCCCUGAUACUGCAUGAUAAUUUUCCUGGGAUGGACAAGAGGGACAAGAGGGUGACGAGUGGAUGGAGGUCGAAAGUACGGAUCCCUGCAGUGACCUUGGCCGAGGAGGAGAAGGAGGGGGAGGAGGAGGAGGAGGAUAAGGCGGAGGAAGAUAUGGCAGUGGAGGAGGAGGAAGGGGGGGAGGAGGGGAAGGAGGAAGAAAGAAAGAAGGAGGAGGGACGCGUCGACGCCAGACAAGAGCUCGACAGCAAAGUUCCCACCAACGGCGAAUUCUCCGGAGUUUUGGCCCCUGUUUCGCCACGUGGAGCGCCCGUCAUUGUUCCUGAAAUCUUUGUGCCUGAGGCGCUUGCAAAGGAGGGUGUCAGCGAGUGGGCGGUGGGCAGGCUGGAAGGAGCGAGGAGGAGUGACGAGCCGGCUAAGCGCGGCCAUGGCGCUGCUGGUGUAUCUGAGAAAAAGGGUGUUGGCGCGUGGUCAGUGUCUGGUAGCGGUGUACCGUGCGGCAAACCCCGUGUUAGGAGAGAUGCGAACAACAGCGCGCGAGAUGUGACGGAAGUUACAGUUAACGCGUUCCCAGAUGCAGAGCUAGUAGGCGCGAAGGAGAAAUAUCUGCAAGGCUUGGAUCAUGUGCAGGAUUCUCAAAAGGGGAGUGAUGGGAUGCUGCCUGAGGGUGAUAGCUGCACGCCAAGCAGUGCUACUGCGGCUGCUGCGGCAACCAUGGCUGCCUUGGAGCGGAAGCACGGUAUGAAGGGAAAGUACAAGGUUGGUGAACCUGCUGCGUGUCUCGAGGUGCUGGGGAAAAGUGCAGGGCAGAUGAAGAGUAUGGGGCAGUAUCGGGACGAGAUUGUUGAUCGGGACGAGGCUGAGACACGGAUGGCUGCUUCUGUGGCUGUGAUUGGAGAUCUGCCUGUUGCUUCCAAGGGCGCGGGGGCGGGGCGUGUGAUUAUGCGGCGUGCUGUGGGUGUGCAUGCGGAGGCGAAGGGGGAGGGUGGGAAUGGAGCAGGAGUGGCGGAUGGGGCUGGAGCAGUGCAGGCUGCAGGUGUAGCAGGAAAGGACGGGAUUGGUGGCAGCGCACGUGCGAGGAGGAGCAGCAGCACCAGCAGCAGCAGCAGGAGCAGCAGCGGUGGAGAUGGAGUUGGUAGUGGGAGGGUGUGGCGAGGCCGAGGGGAUGGGGAGUCGUCACAGAAGCAGCAAGGCGGAGCUCUGAAGCAGACAUGUCUUGCACGGCACUUCUCAGGAGGAAGCAGGCAGCGUGGCAAUGCUUCCAGGCGUUCUGCCGUGCUAACUUCUGCUGCUGGUGGUGCUGGUGUAAAUUAUGGUGGUUCCGUUGAUGCUGCUGACGGGGGAAGGGAUGCUAAGUUGGGUAAUAAGUCCUCAGUCUACGCAGGAAGCAGCAUACGUGGGACUGUUUCUGGUGAAAAAAUUUCAUGGGCCACUCGUACCGGCUCUGCUGCCCGAUCUGCUUCUUGCUCCUUCACACAUGGUCUAGCUAGCCUGCCACAGGCGAAACAGCAACCGGGAAGGAUGGAGGAGGAGAAGCAGAUGGAACAGGCGGGGAAUGAGAGCAAGCAGUAUGUGCAGGAGCAGGAGCAGGAGCGCGAGCAGGGGAAGGAGCAGGAGCUGGAGGUAUUAGAGCAAAACAUGCUGUGGGAUGGCGACAGUAUGGAUCGGCAAAAUUCGUUGCAGCAGCAGGAGGAGGAGGAGGGACAGAAGGAGCAGCAGGAGCAGGGGCUGGUGCGGCAGAGGCAAGGGCAUCAGGGGCAGGUGCUGUUGGAUUUGGAUGGCAUGGACGAGGAAGACGGGGCAAGGGGUGCACUUGGUUUUGUUGGUGCUGCUGGUGUGCGGCAGAGCAGCGAGAGGAAGAAACGAGGGGCAAAUGGUGGAGCAACGACAGCAGAAGUGCUUGAUGUUAACAUGGUUGGUUUAGGAGCAAGUGGUUCUGGUGAGUCCGGCAAAGGGCAUAAGAGGUUCAAGAAAACAGGCAUGAAGACUCAGCAGCAAGAUAAGCCACAAGCACAGGUGCAACCACAACUGCAACCACCAGCACAAGUGCUACUGCCACCGCAAGCACUGCAAGCGCAGGUCUUACCUGGGCGGCCGCCUCUUCCCCGAACCGCAGGGACAGCAGCAGAAGUGGGAGAGAAGCGGCAGGGAGGGGUGAAGACGUCACGUUGGAGGUGUGCCAAGACAGUUGGCAGCAGCACAGUUGCAGCGGCAGGCGGCACUGGUGCUGCAGGCGUGGGCAACUGUGACAUUGACCUGCUCGACUCACCUGAGAGGGCUGCUUGGGAUAGGAUUGCUGGUGGCGGUGGUGUUGGUGCGGGUGCGAAUGGAGUGAGGAAGCAGGGUGGGAGAAGAGGGGAGGGGGGAGCGAAAGGAGGGAGUGGUGGUGGUGCUGUUGGCGGUGGAGUUGGUGGUGGUGACGGCAGUGUUGCUGCUGGCGGUGGUGUUGGUGGUUGUGGCGACGGGAGUGGAAGUGGUGGUGGUGGUGAUGGAAGUGGUGUUAAUAAGAUUCCUGGCGGUGCACUGCCAGCAGCAGCAGCAUCAGCAUCAGCAGCUGCAGCAGCAGCAGCAGCAUUUCCUGAAGGUACAAGACGAACAGCAGCAAGCAUACGAGCAGCGGCAAGGGGCGAGCCAGCACCAGGCGAGGCAGCAGCAGCAGCAGCAGGAGCUGCAGCAGCAGCAGCAGCAGGAGCUGCAGCAGCACAAGGCCCAGCAGCAACAGCAGCAUUCAACCCGCAAGAGCCCAGCAGGCUGGGCAGAGCCAGCGGCCCUCCCCCGCCGUACAAAUACGUGGAUGUAGUUAGGAAGAAAUCAGACCGUGAGGCGCUGCAGGCAGGUGAGUGUGAGACGUGCCGCAAGUUCUACGAUGCGAUUCUAGACGGGGAUGUGGACGGUGUGAUGGUGCCCCGCUGUGAGCAGCACCAGGAGGCGUCUCGGCACCGAUAUCGCUUCGCACCUCCGUCCACUCCCCCUGGGUUCUGGAAUGUGGGGUUUGAUUCUGAUUUGUGA